CGCGGGUUUUGACACUGCUAAAUGGAUGAGAAGUACGACAUUAUUGUGCUUGUGUUAUUUUGAAUAGGAAUGUAUACUCAGUGGUUUGAUGUCCGUUGAAGGAAAAAGGUUUUGCACAUGGAUAGGAAUAACUAUUAUGGUGCAGACACUACAUCAGUUACACCACUCGAAGCACUUUUCCAAAGGUUCAAUGUAAAUGCAGGCCUUCAAGCAUUUGGCCGAGGAAAGGACUGGAACGUCGACCUGAUUCCAAAGUUCCUAAUGGCUGAUGGAAAAUUAGUAAAAUUGCUUGUUCAUACUGGUGUUACUAGGUAUCUUGAGUUUAAAAGUAUUGAGGAAAGCUAUGUAUUCGACAAAAAUGCGAUUCAUAAGGUUCCAAGUAGCUCAAGCGAAGCUUUUUCGACAAGCUUGGUUUCCUUAUUCGAGAAAAUGAGACUCAAGAGUUUCCUGCAAUGGGUUUUGGAUGUCGAUCCUGAUAAACCCGCAACUUGGACUACUGUAUAUCCUCCACCGAAAAGUGUAAAAAGGAUUCUAUUGAUGUGGCUUUUUCACACUUUGGUGUUAAUGAGACUACUAAGACUCUCGUCGGUCAUGCUAUUUGUCUGUAUACAGACGAUUCUUACAGACAGAAAGCACCAGCUAUCGAAGUCAUCUCCAAAAUGCAGCUCUAUUAUCGUUCGGUCAAUCGGUUUGGCAAAUCUCCAUAUCUUUAUCCUCUUUACGGUUUAGGGAAUUGCCCCAAUCUUUUGCUCGACUUAGCGCGGUAUAUGGAGGUACAUAUAUGCUUGAAAAACCAGUGGAUGAAAUUGUGAUUGAGGAUGGUAAAGUUGUUGGGGUGAAGUCUGAUGGUGAAACCGCACGUUGUGAAAAAGUGAUAUGUGAUCCUAGCUAUGCUCCAAAUCGCGUCCGAAAGUGUGGUCAGGUUGUUCGUGCCAUAUGUAUUUUAAACCAUCCCAUUCCAAAUAUCAAGAAUGCUCUUUCAUCACAAAUAAUCAUUCCUCAAAACCAAGUUGGUCGACGUCAUGAUAUAUAUGUUUCGUGUGUCUCUCAUCCACAUUACGUAUGCCCAGAAAAAUUCUUUGUUGUCUUAGUGGCGACAACUGUAGAAACAUCAAAUCCACACCAAGAACUUCAACCUGGUUUACAAUUACUUGGACGUAUUGAACAUAUUUUCUAUUCGGUAGCAGAUUUAUUCGAACCUGUAGAUGAUGGUAGAUCAAGUAAUAUAUAUAUUUCAAAGAGUUACGAUGCAUCAACUCACUUCGAAAGUACAUGUACUGAUGUGUUAGAAAUGUACGAACGAAUAACUGGAAGUCCAUUUGACUUCAGUAAAGUUACAAGAAAUUUAGAAGAUGAUUCAUAACAAUAAUAUUGUCACCAUAAAUUAAUCUCCCACUAAAUAAAUGGAAACAAUUGCAACAAUAAUAAUCCCAAUAAUUAUUACCUUCGUUAUUUAAAACUUAUUGACAUUAUUGGUCUACUACUUUGUUUUCUUUUUUUCUUAAUUCGCUCUGUUGUUCAUUCCAACAAUUGCUACUAACAUUACUGUGUGCGAACAACCCCAUACUGUUACACAACAGUGACAUGUUUUUGUUUGUAUUCAUUUUCUAUUAUGUUCUACCAUUGAUUCAUUAUUUUUUAACCAUUAUUCAAAUAUUCACUUAUGAACACCGACUUCACUAAAUCUUCAUAUUUGGUUGUCUUUUGUUUAAUUUUUCUCAUUUUGUUGUGAUAUCCCAUUCGUUUUCUCGGUCAAUUUUAUCGUGUUCUGUAAUAAACUUUUGUAUUCUACCAUAAUAUUAAUUGGAAGUCUCCGGUGUGACUAAUAAUUAUGCUUACAAUAUUUGAAGCUUUAGUACAAUUUUGUGAAAUGAAUGUAUCAGUAUGAGGGAUUUAUAGAGAUAGUUAUUUCACAGUUGAAAUCACGAGUCGACCUAAGCUAGACAACCAUUGAAAAUCCAGAAGCACUAAGCGGCCGUUUUGUCCUAGUGUAGGACUCUUCUGUGGUGCUCACCCACGAUUCCUCACGCGGUGCUCGAACCCAGCCGUGUCGAGUGUGGGACUGUUAUCCACUGCAGGCAACGGACAAAUGGUUGCCCAAGAUCAUGGAUUAGUUGAGGUUAGACAUGUUUGUCUAGCUUAGAUCGGCUCAUGAUUCCAACUGCGAAAAUGAAACUGUCUUUUCUGUUAAGUCCGUGAUUGGUUACCAUUUUAAAUUGACUAAAUUUUUUGUCAGUGAAUGGAGUCAUAAAUCACUCGUUCUUAUUUUGUUUCACAAAUUGAAUCUUUAAGUGAAGCCAGUCCCACUAAUUUCAUCCCUCUGCCACUCAACUUUACAUUUUUCAUCACUGGUAUGUCCUAGUCGAUUAGUAGGAUAUGAUUGACUUGCACUUGCAGGUCUACAAAAACAUGAUUGUUACCUCCCAAUACCUUAUAUCUCAUCUAGCCACAGUAAUAUCAAAAGGCAGCCCCUGGCUUACGGUAUGGAAGCAUUAUAACCCUACACACAUUUCCAACCAGCCUAAAAUCACAGAUGUAAUGGCAUACUGAUUGUUUCAAACGAAAAACAUACUCCCGAGUAAGAUUAUUCAGAAGUGGAGAGAUUGAUUCCUUGAGAAUUAGUUGUUUCAAAUUUUGAUCCCUAAUUUGGCUGCUACCUAUGACCCACCUUAUCGACUUUUAUUUUUCCGGUGGCGUUAGUUCUGUGUUGCAAUAGAUGUAUUGAGUUAUUUGCUGGUCAAACAUGAGCU